AAACCUUUACCUUUGCUCUAUAUAUAUCACCUCCCACAAAAACCUAAGAGAUCUAUCUGUCUAGCUCUUGAAACUAGAUUAACAUGUCUACUUCCACCUCUGCUUCCACUACUCAACAAGCUCUGCUCUUCCAAGAUAUCAUUGGAAGUUCUUACCCAAGAAGAUUACUACUCCAAACACUUUAUCAGCCCCCAACCUCAGCACCACCGUCUCCUGUAAACGCUCAUGAAGCAUAUACAGGUGAUAACAGCUUUGAUGCCAAUGUUGUUAUGGUCCUAUCAGUUCUCUUAUGUGCCCUAGUUUGUUCACUCGGAUUGAAUUCCAUCAUAAAAUGUGCAUUGAGGUGCUCCAAUUUAGUAUCAUCUGAAGCUAGUGGCAACCAGGCAGUUCGCUUGGCCAACACAGGAGUCAAACGAAAAGCCUUGAAGAGUUUCCAGACAGUAAAUUACUCUACUGAAUUGAAACUGCCUGGCCUAGACACUGAGUGCGCAAUAUGUCUGUCGGAAUUCGCACCACGGGAGCGAGUGAAGCUAUUGCCUAAGUGCAAUCAUGGAUUCCAUGUCCGGUGUAUAGACAAAUGGCUCGGCUCACACUCAUCCUGUCCGACGUGCAGGCACUGCCUCAUCGAGACUUGCCAAAAGAUAGCAGGCUGUAGCCAGGCUAGCUCAUCAGAAUCUUCUCAACCACCACAAGACAGCAUUGUGCAAAUAACACCACUAGAACCAGAAAGGUUGAUACAUGGUUUUAGGUGAAUUAGUUAGCAGAUUAAUAGAAUUUAUGUUUCUAAACCCUACAUAGAUGCACAGCUACUUAUUCACAAUUAGUCAAGGUCGCAAGCGGUCUAUUGUCCAGAACAAGAAUAGCAUUUCCCAUGUAAAGUUGUAAAGUUUAUAAAUUGUUGCUUUCUUCGUUCUUUAA